CCAAUGUGACCGCGCGGCGCGCUGACGCGCUCAGAAAUUAAUUCUAUUCUAUCCACAGCGCACAAUUUGUCAGUCAGGCGAGCUGCAAGUGGGUGAACGGUCCGUUACUAACACAAACAUAUUUAAAAUGAAAUACAAUAUCUUAGGCAAUACUGAUAUGAAGGUUUCCCAUGUUAGCAUGGGAGGAGCAUCUUUCAGCAACAUUUACGGAUCAUUCGAUGAGGAAAAAAGUUUACAACUUAUCAAAAAGACGCUAAGUUUAGGAGUAAACUACCUGGAAACUGGGCCGUGGUACGGCCAGGGAAGUUCGGAGAAAGUAAUAGGCAAGGCGCUCAAAGAUAUCCCAAGAGAUACGUAUUUCAUCGGCAGCAAAGUUGGACGCUACGAGAAAGAUAUCCGGAAAAUGUUCGACUUCUCUGAAGAGAAGACGGAAGCGGCCGUGGAUAACACUUUACAACUUCUCGGACUCGAGUACGUGGAUCUGAUACAAAUGCACGAUAUCACUUUUGCACCGGACAUUUCAAUAAUUCUAAAGGAAACCUUGCCAGCAUUGGACAGAGCUGUGAAAGAAGGCAAAGCCCGAUAUAUUGGAGUAGCUGAUUAUGAUUUAGAUUUAAUGAAGGACAUAAUUGAAGAAUCUGAUAUCCAGAUAUCUACGAUUCUGUCAUACUCGAAAUGUACAUUAUUUGACAAUCGAUUACAAAAAUAUACAAAAUACUUUAAGAGCAAAGGCGUGGGCAUAAUAAACGCAGCGGCUACCGGCAUGGGGCUGCUGACCAACCGCGGCCCGCAGCCCUGGCACCCGGCGAGUGAUGACAUCAAAGCUGUUUGCCAGCGGGCGUCUAACUAUUGCAAGGAUCAAGGAGUAGAACUGGCUCGACUGGCAACAUGGUUUACUUUAAACCAGCCCGACGUUGAUACGAACGUCUGCGGAUUUUUCAACACAGAACAAAUGGAGGACACCUUAAAUGUCUCGGAAAAAGGACUCACUGAACAUGAAAAGGCGGUGUUGGCUCAUUUGCAGUUAAGGUUUUUUGAGAAUGUAACUCUACACUGGGAUGAAGUAGAAUUGAAUGCCUACAAAACUAAAUUAGACAAGACGACUGCAUAAUAAAAAAAUGUAAUGUACUUACCUAUACUGCGAAAAUAUAUUUACACCAGCUACAGAAAGUUGCCACGACACGUCCAAAAAUGCAAUCAAAUGUUGAAAUUUUUGAUAUAAUUAUUCCUGCUACUUAGCGUCCACAACCUGGAAAAUGAUUAUUUAGUGAUUAACCAUAAAAAUAGCAAUCAAUUAUGUCUUAUAGGCGCACAGUUUUUGCGAUAGACGCAGCGUUGAACGUUGGAUUAUUGUAUGGAAGAUUACGAUAGCAUUAUUUUUUUUAUAAAUUAUUGUACUAAUUUUAGUUUUCUACUAAUCGUUCCGUCCUUUAUGAGUACCUUACCUAUACUCCCAUACUUUUAACCGAUGUGAAUAAAAAAUAAUCUUCUCAA